GGCCCGGUACGCGCGCGCCGGAGGGGAGGGGAGGGGAGGACCAUGCAGUGCGCGGCGGACGGCGGCGGCGCGGAGCCGGCGGUGAGGAAGGGGCCCUGGACCAUGGAGGAGGACCUCGUCCUCGCCAACUACGUCGCCGCCAACGGCGAGGGCGCGUGGAACAGCCUCGCCCGCGCCGCCGGGCUGAACCGGACGGGGAAGAGCUGCCGCCUGCGGUGGCUCAACUACCUGCGCCCCGACGUGCGGCGGGGCAACAUCACGCCGGAGGAGCACCUGCUCAUCGUGGAUCUCCAGGCCAGGUGGGGCAACCGGUGGUCCAAGAUCGUCAGGCACCUCCCCGGCCGGACCGACAACGAGAUCAAGAACUUCUGGAGGACCAAGAUACAGAAGAAGCGCCGCGCCGGCGCCACCGCCAGCGACAGCGCCGGGUGCCAGCUUCUGAGCUCGACGGCGGUGACCGAGUCCCAGAGCAGCAGCAGCAACUCCGUGGUCCGGCCGGGCGCCAUGCCGCACUACGACGUCGUCGCGGCGACGACGCAUCCAGGCGGCUGGGGUGAUCACCAGCUUGGCUACGCCGUGCAAGGAGGAGGUGAUGCCGCGUGUGCCGGUGGAAUGGACGGCGGCGUGCCGCCGGAGUUCUUGCAGGCGGCGGCGGUGGCGGCCGACAACGUCUGGGGCCUCGAGGAGUUCUGGCCAACGGUGCCGCCGUCGCUCCACGGCGACUACUGAUUGCGACGGAUGCUGUUGUGCCGUGUGCCGCCUGUAUAGGUAUCCACAUCGGUGUGUUAGUGAGUUGGAUUCGUUUGCUAGAACAAAGCGUGCCGGCUUCGCUAAAAUUUCAACUGAAAUUUCACUCGAGUUCGUCUCAAGCCAAAGCUAAAUUAAUUUUGCCGGGCAAAUCUAAAAAAUGUUGUCUGUCUUUGGGAUGAGUUCAGACCUACUGUAGAUUAAGUGUUGAAGGUCGAAACCUCAAUUCUUGCAAGCACAUUAGAGCCGUCAAUGCUUCUUUGAGAUUCACACUAUACGUCAAUGUAUUUUUCCUGCAUUGCUCUGUAUUAGAUCUAGUUUGUACACUUCGUAAUUACUUUU